AUGAGGCACCGAGAGCUAGAGUUUUCUAUUGGUGACAAGGUGUUCUUGAAAUUAUCGCUGAUGAAGGGAGUUAUGGAGUUUGGUAAAAAGGGAAAGGUUAGCCCUUGUUUCAUUGGCCCUUAUGAGAUUGUUAGGAAAAUUGGGAUGGUAGCUUAUGAAUUGAAGUUACUAUCCGAUAUGGCCAUGGUGCAUCUUGUGUUUCACAUUUCGAUGUUGAGGUUGCACAAACCUGAUCCUUCUUAUGUGUUGAACCAUGAAGAGAUUGAUAUUAAUGAAGUGCUAUCUUAUGAUAAGAAACCGGUUCAGAUUCUAGAUCGUCAAGUUAGAAGGUUGAGGACAAAAGAUAUAGCUUCAGUUAAAAUGUUAUGGUGGAACCAUGACACAGAAGAAGAAACUUGGGGAGUAGAGGGGGACAUGAAGAAAAGAUAUCCUCACUUAUUCCUUAUGGCAGGUUAUCUCCUCUCAUUCGAGGAUGAAUGA